CGCUGCUGCUGCUGCCACGGAAGUGACCACUCAGUCGAUGUUCUGCGGUUUGUUUCGACUUACUUUACCUGUUUUAUUUAAACAAAAAUGCCACACGUCACUCGUGUUACACUAUACGUCUCGGCACUACAACUUGUGUGUGUGUGUGUCAGACAAAUGGAGAUCCAGAUUGUCAACACGUGGGAUGGUGAGCCAGUAGACCACGAUCCCAUGGUGAUGAGCUUGCGACCUCACCCUGAGGGUCUUGGGUUGCAAUUGGGGGUGACAGCACCUUUCUUCAAUGACCCUCCUGCACCACACAGCGACCCAGGCCAGCCAUGUCAUCAACUGUGGGAUUAUGAAGUCGUGGAAAUGUUUUUCUUAAACGACCAAAUGGAGAAGUACCUGGAGGUUGAACUUUGCCCGCAUGGGCAACACCUGGUGCUUCUUCUGGACGGACGACGGAAAAUAUGGAAGGACGACCUUCCGCUGGAUUUUGAAGUGAUGCCUCUCGAAGAUGAGAGCAACGGUGUACGGAGAUGGCAGGGCCAUGCCCUCGUGCCUUGGAGAUAUCUGCCUCCCGGGGUGUGCAAAUUUAAUGCCUAUGCCAUUCGCGGAUCAGGGGAGGCCCGUGUGUACGAGGCCUUGUUUCCGGUCCCCAAGCACAAAGUGCAACCCGGCAUGCAGCCCGACUUCCACAGGCUGGAGUAUUUUGGGGAUUUAGAUUUGCCAGCUCUUAUGGGGAAUGACUGGAUCCAGCCUGAUUCUGAAAUUUGGAGCGCUCGACUUGUCGGCAAGCCUUAACGGAAGAACAACACAGGUGGCGGCUUGCGAUGGUUUUUUUUUCGCUCAGAAAUUUGCAUACCAUAACAGUGAUCCAAAAUGUUUAAUUACCAUAUUGUAUGUUGGACACUUUCUGCCCUUGUUCCAAGCCGUAUUACUGGAGGCGAUAAUUUGCCCCCUCCCACAGCUUGUGGCCAACCCCUUAUGGGACCUGACCCAGCUUCCCUUCCACGAGAGUGCCAGUCGCCGGACGGGGGUGCCGGCCGAAAGUUGAUCCGCCCAGGGACGGAGACCAUGCCUCGCUGCGCCAAACAAAUGCCAUUUUCAACCGUGAAAGAUUUGAAAUGUAUAAAACAGAACAAAUAUAUUUUUUUAUUACCCCCCAAACUUACCAGUAACACUUCUCUUCGUAAUUUGUUUUCAUAUACUGUAAAUGUAGGUGCAUUACCGAGUUAAAAGGCUGUGUUGCAGGUGGGAAGCAAAUGUUUGCCAUUAAUCAAAGGUGUUCUCGAGCAAAAGUAAAUGGUAUAUUCAGGUAGGUGAAGGUGACUGUGGUCAAAUAAGCCAUGGUGCGGAUCAUGUUGGCUUUGUUUAUAUGAUGUACCUUUAGUUAAUGACAUGUUGAACACGUAUGCACAUUUUCAAGGUUAAUCUUUUGGGGGUUUUUUUACAACUGGAAACUUAAAGCAAAAAACAAUUCGGAGUUAUAAAAAGUGAAAAGCUCCUUGAUAAACCAGUGCCAUGUAACAUUAUCACAUGACAAUAUAAGUCUUAACAAACUUUACACGUACAUGAUUUGGAGAGUGUGUGCAUUUUAAUACAGAUCUGAUAUGCUUGCAUUUCAAAAUGAAUGCUCUCACUCGGCAGUUUAGUGCCUU